AUGGAUAUGGAAAAGGGACCAGCAGUCACUGCUGAUGGCGGAGAGUCGCCUCGGUCUGACAUCAUGGCCGGUGAAACCACGAAGCGUGGUCUCAAAUCGAGACACGCUCAAAUGCUUGCUCUAGGUGGAACAAUCGGAACCGCUUUAUUCGUUAGUACGGGACAGACCUUGGCUCGAGGUGGCCCUGCGUUCUUCUUGGGAACCUUUUGCUUUAUGGCACUCGUGGUGUUCACUGUUGUCACAUCUCUUACUGAGAUUGCGACGUGGAUGCCUGUGCCAGGUAGCUCUGUCAGCUACUACUCGAAUCGCAUUGUCUCUCCUUCUUUUGGAUUCGCGACUGGAUGGCUCUACGUUUACUGCAUGGGUAUUCUUGCCCCCUAUGAAAUCACAGCCGCCUCCUUGGUCAUUAGUUAUUGGCCGAGUACGAUUAACGUUGGUGUUUGGAUCACAAUCAUGAUGGUCGUUGUGAUUGCGCUGAACUGCAUGCCAGUCCGAUUCUACGGCGAAUCCGAGUUCUGGUUUGCAUCGACAAAAGUCAUCAUGAUGGCUGGGCUUUUGAUUAUUUCGGUGGUCAUAUUUUUCGGAGGUGGGCCAAAUCAUGAUAGGCUUGGAUUUCGGUAUUGGGAUCAUCCGGGUGCUGCAAAUGAGUACAUAUUAAACGGCAACACCGGUCGAUUCAUUGCGUUAUUGGCAACGCUUGUCCUGGCCUCGCUUCCAUUCACUUUUGCUCCCGAAUUCCUUAUUUUGACAACCGGCGAAAUGGCCGCUCCUCGCAGAAAUCUUCCGAAAGCCGCACGCCGAUAUAUAUACCGUAUUCUAUUUUUCUACAUCUUGUCUGCGCUCGCAAUUGGCGUCAUUUGCCCUUCCAACAGCCCGGCUUUGACCAGUGGCGGUGAAGGUGCGGGUGCUUCUCCAUUUGUAGUUGCGAUCAAGAAUGCCGGCAUUCCUGUGCUUGACAGUAUCAUCAAUGCUGGGAUUUUGCUCUCGGCUUGGUCUUCCGGCAAUUCAUUUUUCUACAUGGCAACACGCUCGCUAUAUUCCCAGGCCCUAGUUGGAAAUGCCCCUUCAUGGUUCCUGGCAUGCACCAAGUCGGGCGUGCCUUAUCGGUGCGUCAUAGCGUGUGCUCUCCUGUGCCCGCUUGCAUACCUCAACGAAAGCAACAGCAGUGCCGUUGUGUUCGACUGGUUCAUCAAUCUCACCAACGAAUCCGCCUUCAUUUCAUGGACCUGCUGCUGCAUUGUGCAUUUACGGUUCCGCAAGGCCUGCAAAGCGCAGAACAUAACUACCGAUAUGCUACCGUAUUCCUCCAAACUCCAACCAUGGGGUACUUACUUUGGGCUUUUCUUCUUCCCGUUUCUUGCUCUGCUCAAUGGAUUUGAUGUGUUCUUCCCCGAGAAUUGGAGCACGUCGUCAUUCUUAACAGCCUAUAUUGGGCUCCCGCUGUUCUUGGUGGUCUAUUUUGGUCAUCGGAUUUAUAAUUGGAAUGACCCUUGGUUCAUUGACCCGAAAUUGGUUGAUCUCAGCGUGGGCAAUGUUGAGGAAGUCAUUGAAGAUGCACCAAGGAAGCAGGAAGGCGCAAGCAAAAGACAAUGGUGGAAUAUUCUCAGCUUCCUCUGGGAGUAG